GCCCCCGCGCCCCGCCCUCGCGCGUGCCCGUGUUGUAGCGGAGCGCGCGCGUCUCGCGCCGUUAAUUGAGGCAGCAGCAAUCAGCGGGAGGACUCCCCCCCCCCCCUCGGCGAGGACCCCCCCCAGACCGCGGACCCCCUCGCCCCGGGUGCCAGGGGGGAUGUUCUCGGUUCGCGUGGGCCCCGAGCGGCCUGAGGGCGCCGCGGCCCGGGCUCCCGUGCCUCCGCUGCGAACCCCGGCGCCGCCGCAGCAGCAUCACCACCACCCGAGCCCGGCCACCGCCGCCUCGUCCUCGGGCGAGGAUGCAGCAGCAAAAGCAGCGGCGACGAAGCCUAUGGAGGGCUACGUGGGCUUCGCCAACCUUCCCAACCAGAUCUACAGGAAGGCCGCCAAACGUGGCUUUGAGUUCACACUCAUGGUUGUAGGAGAGUCAGGAGUUGGGAAAUCUACACUCAUCAACUCCAUGUUCAAGACGGAUCUGUAUUCUGAAGAGUUUCCAGGACCAACCAAGAGAAUACAGAAAACCGUCAAGGUUGAGCAGUCCAAGGUGGUGAUCAGAGAGGAGGGUGUGCACCUCACCCUCACCAUUGUGGACACACCUGGAUAUGGAGACUUCAUCAACAACAGUGAAUGUGUGCAGCCCGUGAUCGACCACAUCGACAGCCAGUUUGAGGACUACCUGAACGCGGAGUCGCGUGUAAACAGGCGCCCGAUGCCAGACAGCCGAGUGCACGCGUGCCUCUACUUCAUUGCUCCCUCCGGCCACGGGCUGAAGGCACUGGACAUUGAGUUUAUGAAACGCCUCCACAACAAGGUGAACAUUAUUCCCCUGGUGGCAAAGGCCGACGCAUUCUUGCCCACAGAGUGCUGCGCCUUCAAGAAGCAGAUAAUGAAGGACAUCCACGAUAACAACAUCAAGAUUUACCAGUUCACGGACACGCAUGAUGAAGAGGACAACAAGCUCCUGAAUAAAAUCAAGGAGAGGCUGCCCCUCGCUGUCAUCGGCAGCAAUGUGGUGGUGGACGUGGGCGGUCGCAGGGUGUGGGGGCGCCACUACCCCUGGGGAGUGGCCGAAGUGGACAACGUGGAGCACUGCGAUUUCACCACCCUCCGCAGAAUGCUCAUCAGGACUCACAUGCAGGACCUGAAGGACGUGACGAACAAUGUUCACUAUGAGAAUUUCCGCAGCUGCAAGCUGGCGGCGCUCACAGGCAACGUCGCCGAGAACAGCAAGAGGCAGCUGACCAAGAGUCCCCUGGCACAGAUGGAAGAAGAGAAAAAAGACCACAAAUCUAAGAUGAAGAAGAUGGAGACAGAGAUGGAGCAGGUGUUUGACAUGAAAGUGAAAGAGAAAAAACAAAAGCUGAAAGACUCAGAGGCAGAGUUACAACGCCGCAGCGAGCAGAUGAAACGCAGCCUGGAGAGCCAGCUGCGUGAGUUGGAGGAGCGGCGCAAGCAGUUUGAAGAGGAACGGCUGGCUUGGGAGAGCCAGCAGAGAGAACUGGAUCAGCAGCGUUUGGAUAACAGCAAGACCAUGGAGAAGAACAAGAAAAAGGGAAGGAUCUUCUAAAAAAACCUCAAUCAUGAAAGCAGAUCCCACAAUGCGUCCCUUGCACCCAGCCUCGGUGGACCUGACGUGUGCGGUUCAAACCCUUAAGAGUAAGGUGGGGGCAGCAAAGGGCUGGGGCCAGAACUACGCCCUAGGAUGUUGCAGUGACUGGCGGAACCCUCACAGUACUCGACUAUCCCUACACUGCAGAGUGAACGUGUUAUGUAAACCAUCCGCAAUUAUUAUUUUUUGUAUUAUAGGCCUUUUUACAACCAACAAGCCAUUUCAGCAUAGUUAAUUUAGAGUGCUUUUGAAGAGCCAAAUGUGAUGUAUCUCUUACUGCCAAGGUUUCGGUGAUGUUUUGUAUUCAAGCCACUCAUUUUAAAUUGUUUUAGUCGACAUGCUUGGUCAUGCAUGGGCGCAUUUUUUUGUUAUUUCAAUAAUUUACAGUAUUUUGUAAAGUUUUUAACCAUGUUUACCAUGUUUUAUAUGCAUUUGCAUUUCGCUGUAACAUAUUUGCUUAGUUUCUUCUCUGUAAAACUUUGGCACCUGUACUGUCUGUAGCAAAUGCUUUGCGUUGCACCGGGCGGCACGGCACAGCACGAGGCUGCCUGGCUGCCUGGCUGGAGGAGGAGGAUUCCGUAAUAUUCCGUGAGCAGCCUUGUUCUAUUUUUGACAUUGUUGAUGCAUGUGGUGUUGGGGAUCCGGUAGCCAGCCAUAGGGUGAUACUAAUCAUUGUUGUUAUUAUCAUGACCGUCGUCAGUAUAUUUGUAGUGCGAUGGUGGUUUUAAAGCUGUCCUUGCACCAAUCCACACACCACAUUAUCAUGUGUGCUAACCUUCAGAGAUGAAUUACAAUAUAUGCAUCACACAUUCAUUACUUUAUGGACAUUAAAAACUAUGAUCCACAGUCGCUAGCGUGAGACCCGCAGGUGUUGGUUUUCCAACUGUGCACAAUACAAGUUGCUUUGGACAUCGCUGACAUUGCCUGCAUUGCUUGUAUCACAAGUGUGUUGUCUGUUGCCUGCAUUGCCCUUGCUAACCCGGUCUGGUUGUAAAAUAAAGCAAAGCACAGCCAAUUUUACUCACCACAUGAAGUACACUCACUGGGGUUAGCUGGGCAUUUAUAAACUUUUCCCUGUAUUCGGUAACUGCAAAGAUUGCUGUUUAAAUCUACAAAACAAUCCCACAUUAAAAGCACUGUGUCCACCAUUACAGGUGUUGCUUUAUUGUAGUGUGUAACUGCAUUUGCGCAUGAGCAUGUGAAGCCCACAUGCUCAUGGGUGGAUGAGAUUGGACUGGUCGCACCGGUGGCAAGUGUAGUUGUGAAAGCUCUCUCCACCUUUUACCCACCCAAAUGUGGGUUGCUGCUGUACCGGGAGUGCCUGGGUGAAAACAACGUGACGGGCAGGGGCGCCAGGGCGGGUAGAAGGUUCAGAAGAGAGUGCCGACUGCUGCUUGGCUUCUUUGGUCUUCGUGGUCACGUGCAGGUCGUCAAAGGCAAAUGGGUUUCAGCCUUCAGACGGCCCUGCCACACCUGGGAGUUGAGUAAAACGUGUCUCCAAACAGAACUCGCGGCUCGUGCUGCCACACGGCGGUAAUAAAUAUCCUUAAGGAAUGAACUGUAGGCAACAAACAUGUUCCAUGUGCAUUCUCUAUUACCAUCACGGCGUGGUAUUUUCACCACGUUAUGUACUGUGCCGUCCAACAUGCCUUGCGAUAUUUAGCGCGUAUGCAUUCGUCUUCGUGAAGUAAUGUUAAAGAUGCUGCACGCUUUUCGUAAAAUCAAAGCGACUAAUCCUGUGCACACCCCGGGAAUUCUUGCGCCACACGGGCAAAGGUCGCGAGUCGUGUGCAGAGCUUCAGUGCGUGCAGCUGCACCAAAGGGGGGCUGCUGCUGGCUGCCAGAGCCGAUGGCCAUGGGCUCGCGCCUGCCCCCACGCACGGCCGCAUUGGCGGAGUGGAUGCCUCGCCCAUCGCUGCACGGUGCCCUCGUUGGUAAAAAGAACAUCGAACAAUACCCUAUGCAUAUUAUAAAUGAAUGCACUUAAGUGUUCGAAGUAUAUCCUAUUGUCGAUUUUUCAUCAACAGACAUUUAGAAUACCACUGUCGGAGUUCAGCUUACAUUUGUAUACAAGUAAAAUUAAUAUUUUCUCUAUGAGUAAGCUUGACGAUCUGCUGGUGCUGCUGCGUCUUGUGUCCUGCUUGCUAUGUUGUUCACGUGUCCCGGUCAAGAAACUGACUGCAUUUUUCUGAAGUCACCUUCGUUGGGAUUAGAAGCUGAACACUAUUCUAGACUUCUAGUUAUGUUUUGUGUUAGGCUUUGUAAAAAUGUACUGCUUAUUUAACAUGACUCCGCUUCAACA